GUUGAGUUUUAGAAACUACAACUACUAAAGGGCCGUGGGCCCCGGGGCAGUUUCUUGUUUCCGUCGAGGUGACCGUGUGGGCUGCUUCUGAGAGGUCAACUUGUCUGGCCAUCAAGGUCAGCACUGCCCAAGUCGUUACUCGAUUCAGCUGGUGGUGAGAUGGGGGUCAACCAGUCCGUGGGCUUUCCACCUGUCACAGGACCCCACCUGGUGGGCUGCGGGGAUGUGAUGGAGGGCCAGACUCCUGAGGGGAGCUUCUUUCGACUCUUCUAUCCCUGCCAGGAAGCAGAGGAGACCGCGGAGCAGCCCCUGUGGAUCCCCCGCUAUGAGUACUGCACCGGCCUGGCCGAUUACCUGCAGUUCAAUAAGCGCUGGGGGGGGUUGCUCUUCAACCUGGCUGUGGGGUCUUGUCGCCUGCCUGUUAGCUGGAAUGGCCCCUUGAAGACAAAGGACUCUGGAUACCCCUUGAUCAUCUUCUCCCAUGGCCUGGGAGCCUUCAGGACACUAUAUUCAGCCUUCUGCAUGGAGCUGGCCUCCCGUGGCUUUGUGGUUGCUGUGACCGAGCACAGAGAUGGGUCAGCUGCGACCACCUGUUUCUGCAAGCAGGCUCCAGAAGAGAGGCAGCCCACUAAUGAGUUGCUAGAGGAGGAAUGGAUUCCCUACCGUCAGAUUAAGGAAGGGGAGAAGGAAUUUCAUGUUCGGAAUUGCCAGGUGCAUCAGCGGGUCAAAGAGUGCACACGAGUGUUGAAGAUCCUCCAAGAGGUCACUUCUGGGCAGACCGUCCUCAACAUCUUGCCCGGUGGAUUGGAUCUGAUGACCUUGAAGGGCAGCCUCGACAUGAGCUGUGUGGCUGUAAUGGGACAUUCAUUUGGAGGGGCCACAGCUAUUCUGGCUUUGGCCAAGGAGACCCAGUUUCGGUGUGCUGUGGCUCUGGAUGCUUGGAUGUUUCCACUGGAACGUGACUUUUAUCCGAAGGCCCGAGGCCCUGUAUUCUUCAUUAAUACUGAGAAAUUCCAGACAAUGGAGAGUGUUACCUUGAUGAAGAAGGUGUGUGCACAGCAUGAACAAUCCAGGAUCAUAACUGUCCUUGGUUCUGUUCAUCGGAGUCAAACUGACUUUGCCUUUGUGUCUGGGAACUGGAUUGGUAAAUUCUUCUCCACUCAAACCCGUGGGAGCUUGGACCCCUAUGAAGGUCAGGAGGUUGUGGUGCGGGCCAUGUUGGCCUUCCUGCAGAAGCACCUUGACCUGAAAGAGAACUAUAACCAAUGGAACAACCUCGUUGAAGGCAUUGGACCAUCGCUCACCCCAGGGGCCCCACACCAUCUGUCUAGCCUUUAGACACAACUGGCCAUUUCUGAAAGGUCACAAAUAGGAGAGAAGCUGAGCUGAAUUCUCGCGUUCCAUAACUCCUAUCAGGAAGUGGUCGACAGGGCCCUUCUUCGCAGAUCAAAAAGAUAUGAUCACACUGCUGAUUGGAUAACUGGGUACUUUGAUCUUGGACUUGUUGAUCUUAAAUUCAUGGUAGGAUGUGGGUCACUUACUGAUUGGCACGCUGACUUUCUGGGGCCUGAGCCCCGAUGGUGUAGGGGAUGAGCAGUGGGGGUGGAGCUGGGGAGCACCCAAGCCCUGAGCUGAACACCAUGAGCACUGUUAACCCAGCAAGCCUACUCCCUCACCUUGGGCCAGUAUAGCUUCUGCAGCGGAAGAAAUGAAGCCGAAGGAUGGAGUGAAAAUACCUAUCUUCAGGACCUUUAGGCCAACCUGGCCCUCUCUCUUCUUACCUCUCAGCCUUCUCCCUCUCCAGGGCCGCUUGGUGAGUUCUUAGCGUUUUAGGUAUCUUUCUAGGAUAUGCACCAUCAUCAGACUUUCUGUUUAUUUUCAAGCCUUCUCCAUGCGUGAAGCAUAGUACUGGGCGCUUAGUCAGGACUUAAGCUGUCCUUGUGAGCCCGUGGAGGAGGGCAGACAGCAUUGUCCUCAGAGCACCGGGAUAGCAGCUGAGCCUCAGAAGCUCUGGGUGUCUUGGAGUUUUGCUAAAAAUGUAUCUUGACACAAGGAGGUUGAAUUGGGAGAAGACAGAAUAACAGUGUUAAGUAGCCAUUUGACCAGGCUCUUGCCCCAGAGGGAGGUAGUUUGGUCAGCUAGAGUUCAGGAGGCCACCCCUGGAAAGGUUAGGCACACUUUGGCCCUGUCUCUUACCUUAGGUACCACAAGCCUCCGACUUGCUCAGAAUCGGGGUGCUGUAAGUUGUCUGUUUUCUGGCUCUGAGGCCCUAGCCCCAAAUUUAAGUCACGAUAUAGGUUGAAGUUUUAUUCUGUUCCAUUUAUACUAUGAAUGAUAUUAAUACUCAUGUUUGCUUAAUGAGAUGUUGGACUAGUCUUUACUUAAUCUGCAUUAGAGCAAGAUGGGAGCCAUCUGGAAGUAACUUUUCCUUCUGUCUUUCUUUGUUCGCUUACCACUUGUGCCCACGUGGAAAAAAACUUUAAAAGGAAAGAAAGUCUUCCUGGGGAAUCUAGUUCAAAGCUGUCUGGGAAGAUCAGCCCGGAACUCUCCUCUCCACUGCUCUAGACCUCUCACCUCAGUUCGAGCAGGUGACCCAGAGGAGGCCAGAGCAAAAGGGAAAUGCGUCUCUGCACGAUAGGUCCCAGGUCAGUGCCACCACCACAAGCCGGGCCUAGGUCUCCCGCCUCUCAACAGUUGUUUUAAGAGGUGAAGCAUCAGAUCCGUGGAGGCUGUGAGCCUUGGGAGGGGCUAUGAAUUCCAAUGAGACGUAGGGUAAAGAGAAUAUCAUUAAAGCCCUGGACUCUAAAGUUAUUGGCUGGUUUUGAGUCCUGUUUUCACCAUCACUAACUGGGUAAAUUUGAGAAAAUUGUGUUCUCUUUCCUAUCUCU